GCGGGAGGGCGGACUAUAAAGGAGCAGGAGGGGGGCGGGACGAAGGGGAGGGUACGCGGAGCGAGUGGUGGCGCCCUUGCAGACAGGAUCCUUGGUUGGCCGAAACGGAGACAUUACAGCCCCCUGAAACGAGAUGAACACAGAAGCAGAACAGCAACUUCUUCAUAAUGCUAGAAAUGGAUAUUCCGAAGAAGUCAGGCAACUGCUAGAAACUGUGGACAAAGGAGAGGUUACAUUUAACAUCAACUGCAAAGGCAGAAGCAAAUCUAACUUGGGAUGGACACCUCUUCACCUCGCAUGCUAUUUUGGGCAUACCAAUGUUGUCAAGGAUUUGCUGAAGGCUGGUGCUGAAGUAAAUGUACUAAAUGACAUUGGGGACACUCCACUGCAUCGUGCCUCCUUCACUGGACGCAAGGAGGUGGUUAUGCUGCUCUUGGAACAUGAUGCUGAUACUUCCAUUGUUAAUGGGAAUGGACAAACUGCAAAAGAUGUUACACAUGAUAAAGAAAUAAAAGAAAUGCUAGAAGCUGUGGAAAAGACCCAAGAAAGAAAACUUGAAGAACUCCUCCUAGGAGCAGCAAGAGAAGGAGAAACUGGGAAACUCUCUGCACUGUUAAACAGGCCGAAACCUCCUGAUAUCAACUGCGCUGAUCAGAUGGGAAAUACACCAUUACAUUGUGCAGCAUAUCGUGCCCACAGGCACUGUGCUUUAAAAUUGCUAAAAUGUGGCGCAGACCCUAAAAUAAAGAACAAAAAUGGUCAGACACCCUUUGCUUUAGCCCAAGGUGUAGAAAUGAAGCAAAUGCUUGGAAGGGGCAUUGGGAAGGUCAUCAACAAACCUCUGAAACGAUAUGAAGGACAACUUUGGAAGAGUUCAAGAUUUUUUGGGUGGAAGCCAUAUUGGGUAGUACUAGAACACGGAGUUCUCUCCUGGUACCAAAAACAGACUGAUACUGGAAACAGUAAUCGUCGCCAAGGAUGCAAGCAUUUAACACAAGCAAUUUGCACAAUAAAAAGUGCAGAUGGCUGCCUCUUCUCCAUCAAGUGCUUUGAUAAUACAAUUCACAGUUUUAAAGUUCCCAAGACCAAUCAACAGUUGAGAGAGAACUGGGUGCAGGCUAUAGAAGAUCAUUCAGCAUAUAGCACACACUACUGUACUCAGGAACAAUUGAGUGAUGAUGAGGAAGAGGAUGAUACGGUAUCCAUCGUUGACUUGCAGGACUCCCUGAAAAAUGCACAGACAUGCCAACAAAGAUUAGACAGAGAGAUUUCCAGCUUCCUUUCCAUGAUUAAGUCACAUGACACCACUCAAGUACCUACUUCGUUUCUCAGAAGAGUUGAAAUGGUCUCUGAAACAUCAAGGGAAACUUGUGAAUCUCUAAAUAACUGCCUCAAACUCUUCACUAAACAAGAAGGGGUAAGGAAUCUGAAACUGGAGCAUGAGCAAGAGAAAACCAAGAUCUUAUCGGAAGCACUAGAAACACUAGCCACUGAACACCAUGAAUUAGAGCAGUCGCUAGUCAAAGGGUCACCACCUUUGAGCAUCCUUAGUGAAGAACAGUUCUAUGAUGCUGUUUCAGACUCAGAAUCCGAAAAAUCAUUGAGUGGAUUUGAAACAGUGACAACCUACUCAUUAGAAGACAGCGUGGAUUCUAGUGACACUAUAACAUCUGACAUGUCUGAAGAAAAAGUCUAUAAAAGUGGAGAGACUCUCUCAAAUGGCAUCAAAAAACACAGGACAAGCUUGCCCUCUCCAAUGUUUUCCAGAAAUGAUUUCAGUAUUUGGAGCAUCCUAAGGAAGUGCAUUGGAAUGGAGCUGUCCAAGAUCACUAUGCCGGUCAUUUUUAAUGAGCCACUGAGUUUCCUACAGCGACUGACAGAAUAUAUGGAGCAUACGUACCUAAUUCACAAAGCCAGCUCACUGUCUGAUCCAGUGGAGAGAAUGCAGUGUAUAGCUGCCUUUGCUGUCUCAGCUGUUGCUUCUCAGUGGGAACGCACAGGAAAGCCGUUCAACCCAUUACUUGGAGAGACAUAUGAACUGGUCAGAGAUGAUCUUGGAUUCAGACUCAUCUCAGAACAAGUUAGUCAUCACCCUCCAAUCAGUGCUUUUUAUGCUGAAGGACUGAAUAAUGACUUUGUGUUUCAUGGCUCCAUUUAUCCUAAACUCAAGUUCUGGGGAAAGAGCGUGGAAGCAGAACCAAAGGGGAUAAUAACACUGAAGCUUCUUGAGCAUAAUGAAGCAUAUACAUGGACCAAUCCUACAUGCUGUGUGCAUAAUAUUAUCGUUGGCAAGCUUUGGAUUGAGCAGUAUGGAAAUAUGGAAAUAACCAAUCAUAAAACUGGUGAAAAAUGUCUGUUAAAUUUCAAGCCAUGUGGUCUUUUUGGAAAGGAACUACAUAAAGUUGAAGGCUACAUUCAGGAUAAGAGCAAAAAGAAACUUUGUUCACUCUAUGGGAAAUGGACUGAGUGUUUGUACAAUGUUGACAUUACUACAUUUGAAGCUUACAAAAAAAAUGACAAGAAAAACACAGAAGAGAAGAAAAACAAUAAACAGAUGGGCAGUUCUGAUGAACCAGAUGAGAUGCCUUUGCCAGAUUCUGAAAGUGUGUGUGUGAUUCCUGGAAGCGUUUUGUUAUGGAGGAUAGCUCCCAGGCCUUCAAACUCAACACAGAUGUACAAUUUCACGACCUUUGCUAUGGCUUUGAAUGAAUUGGAUCAAGAAAUGGAAACUGUUAUUCCUAAAACUGAUUGCAGGCUACGACCCGAUAUAAGAGCUAUGGAAAAUGGUGAUAUAGAUGUAGCUAGUGAAGAAAAGAAAAGACUUGAAGAAAAACAAAGAGCUGCUCGUAAAAACAGGUCCAAGUCAGAGGAAGAUUGGAAGACAAGUCAGCCAGUGGCCCAGACUCCCAGGUGGUUCCAUCAAGGUCCUAAUCCCUACAUCGGUGGACAUGACUGGAUUUAUUCUGGAAACUACUGGGACAGAAACUACUUUAACUUGCCUGAUAUUUAUUAAAAUGCAUUGGGAAGCCUGAGGCUAAUACAAAUAAGUCUUAAUCAGUUUUCAGUGUUUUCCUUUGUUCCUAUACUCUUAGAAAAACAAACUGACAAAUUUUAACUGAAUGUACUAUUAAGUAGCAUCUGCAACAACUAUGGUGACAUGAGACUGUUCUUGGGGGGAGUCAUUUUUGUCCUUCUCCCUAUAUAUUCAUACAUUCACACACGCACAUCUGUUAUGGGUGCUGUACUUGAAGAGAAAGCGAGAGCUACCUAUCUUGCUGAAGAAAGUAAUGCAAUUAAUGUUUAGUCCCAAGACAUAAGGAAAACAGAACACCUUUUAGGUUUCCUGUCUCUUUAGGUCAGAGAUAGCUCUGCUGGCAUAAUGGAAAUUGGAGACUUUUAGGAGACAGGAAUAUCAAAAGCACACUCAUGAAAUUCAAUACCACUGUGACUAUGUAGCUGGGAAUAGGCUUGCCACUCCUGCGAAGAAUUAUUUAAUUUUUUUUUAAAGAAGAUGGCGUUCCAUUACUUCAUAAAGUACUGGAUUAUGUUAGUGCCCCUCCCCUGAACCCCAGAUAUGAAGUAGGAUAAACUGGUAACUACUCAGUAGUGUGUCUUCCAUGUUUAGCACAGUGUUCUCGAUUUGCUCUUUCAGGUUUUAUUACCAUACUCAUAUCUUUAAGGAAUUAAGAGCCAUUUAAGUCUUUGAAAGGUUAAUUUGAACUAAGAUGAAGUAUUUAAAAAAAAAAUCUGCAAUGCACUAUGAAAGAAGUGUGUGGCACUAUUGGAAGGGUGGGGUGGGGUGUCUUAAGCAAAGGAGAUGAGAUACUACAAGUACACCUGAGUAUUUGCUGUUGGGAGCGAAGCCCUGCGAAGGAAGUCGUGUGCAUUUCAAAGCCGGUGAGGCAGCUCAGAAUAUUGUACACAGCAGAUUUACCCCUUUGUUUGGGGUGCAUUAAACUCUAUGGGAUUAUAUAUUUGUAUAAAACUGAGUACAUAAAUUCCAGAGGGCUUGCUGCUCUUGUAUAAUUUAAUUGCUGUUUGGAAGUAUAGUGUUAACUGAAUUAAUUUAAUUGCUAAUAAAUAAAGGCUUAAACUGUU